AGCAGGAGGACUGGGUCCUGUGCAGAGUCAUCUGCAAGAAGAAAUCAGGAGUUGGUGCCACCCCCAGGCCAAGGAACCUCAGCAACAUUGUCCAUGGCACACCCACAGACACCUCCUCACCACCACUGCCACCUCUCAUGGACACCACCCUAGCACAGCUCCAGGCCACCAUGAACACUUCCGCCGCCGCCGCCGCCGCCGCACUUGAGCAAGUGCCCUGCUUCUCCAGCUUCAGUAAUAACAGUGCCAGCAACAGCAGCUACCUCCCCAUGGUGACAGGCAACAGUAAUGGCAUGGGCUACAUGGACCAUGGCCUGCCUGACUUUGGGAGCUACCUAGACCCCGCCAUGAACUGUGACAAGAAGGUCCUUAAGGCAGUGCUGAGCCAGCUUAGCUCCAUGGGUGGUGAGGUGGUGCCGAGCAUGUCUCCUCAGAUGGCUGCUGCAGUGAGCUCUACUUGGAACCACUUCUAGGCAAAUUUGUUUAUUUAUGCAGACAACAUAAGCAGACAACUGGCUAGCUAGUAGUUAAUCUGCAGUGUGUGUGUGUGUGUGUGUGUGUGUGUGUGAUGAUUUCAUAUCAAAAUGUAUAAUUAUGUCUGUUUGGUGCAAUGUUUCUUGAGUGUGAGUAUUAGUAGAGGACGCGGUGAUUUUUUUUCUCCAGUCGAUUUUGAAGGACUAAAACCCUGGAAUGAUUUUAUUUUUGAAGAAUUCUCUAAUGAUUGUUGAACUAUGUA